AUGAAACGAGGAGGGUUUGCGUCUGAAUUUGGAUUCAGCUGGUGUUGUUGUUUUUUCUUGAUUUUGAUCUGUGUAAAUGGGAGAUCUGAUAAGGAAGUAAGAGAGAGGUUUUAUGGGAAUUUGGUGAAUUCAUCAGCACCUGAUAACGGAGAAGGAAGUAUUGCUGAAAUGUUUGAUCGUGUUCUUGAAAAAGAGUUCUCUGAAAAUGAUCAGCCUGAAGGUUCUGAUCAAAGCAACUUCAACAACAGUGUAGCUGACCAACAAGCUGUAUUGGAGACUGUAGCUAAAAUUACUCACGAGAAGGGCAAGAAAAACGAUACACAAGUGGCUAAUGGAACUAGACCUUUCCAGCUUCAAGAUGUAUUUUCUCUGGAAAAUGAAGAAUCCGAGGAUAUGACAACCCUGAUUGACAAAAAGGUUAUUGUUGGCUAUCUUCUAGCAGGUUCCAUCAUCGGACCAGGGGGUCUAAAUUUCAUCAGUGAGAUGGUACAGGUUGAAACUGUUGCACAGUUUGGUGUUGUGUUUCUUCUUUUUGCUUUAGGACUGGAGUUUUCUUUGACUAAGUUAAAAGUGGUGGGCCCUGUCGCUGUUCUUGGAGGGAUGCUUCAAAUUGUAAUAUUUAUUUGCUUGUCUGGCAUAAUUUCUGCGUUGUGUGGAGCAAAGUUGUCUGAGGGUGUAUUUGUGGGUUCCUUCCUGUCAAUGUCAUCAACAGCAGUGGUGGUGAAAUUUUUGGUUGAACGGAACAGUAGUAAUUCUCUUCAUGGUCAAGUUACAAUCGGGACACUGAUUUUUCAGGAUUGUGCUGUUGGUUUAUUAUUCGCUUUGCUUCCAGUUUUGGGUGGCAACAGUGGCGCUCUACAAGGAAUGAUUUCAAUGGGGAAGUUGUUGUUGAUCUUGUCUGUAUACCUCAUGGCUGCAUCUGUUCUGUCUUGGUCAUUCGUCCCUCGCUUUCUUAAGUUAAUGAUACAGCUAUCAUCUCAGACAAAUGAACUUUAUCAGCUUGCAGCUGUCGCUUUCUGCUUGUUGUCUGCUUGGUGCAGUGACAAGCUGGGUCUUAGUCUUGAGUUGGGUUCAUUCAUGGCUGGAGUCAUGAUAUCUACCACUGACUUUGCACAACAUACUUUAGAACAGGUGGAACCAAUCAGGAACCUGUUUGCAGCUCUCUUUCUUUCUAGUAUUGGAAUGCUCAUACAUGUACAUUUUCUAUGGAACCAUGUGGAUAUAUUGCUAGCUUCUGUGAUUCUGGUUAUAGUUGUCAAGACAGCCAUUGCUGCUGCAGUUACUAAAGCCUUCGGAUAUAGCAUUAGGACAUCAUUCCACGUUGGAGUAUUGCUUGCUCAAAUUGGAGAAUUUGCGUUUGUUCUCCUAAGUCGUGCCUCAAAUCUUCAUCUUGUUGAGGGAAAGAUGUAUCUUCUUCUUCUUGGAACCACAGCUCUUAGUCUGGUAACAACUCCUCUCCUGUUCAAAUUGAUACCUAAUGUCAUGAAUUUGGGCGUCCUUUUGCAAUGGUUUCCAUCAGAGAGCGGCACUCCAAAUAAAUGGUUUCCAUCGGAGAAUGGUACUCCAAAUGAGGAAAAAGUUUCCGUGAUUGAAGUACGUAGCAGAUUGUUGUAA